CCACUCGUUUACGACUCAUAUUGUUUAGUUGUACUUAUUUGCUUGGCAAUGAAGAUACUUUUCUAUCUUUUCCCAAUCUGUUUGGGUCUUCUUCAAAUUGAAGCAGAUCAAAAAUUAGAUUUUCGUAGUGAGCACAUUUCUGUUGAAUUCUUUAUUGCCGGUGAAAAUGCCGACCGAUCUCAGAACUCAUUAAAUGAGUUUAUGGAUAAGUUUUACGAACACCUACAACUGAAUUCAACGCAUGAGGUGGAAAAUAUAUUUUUAUAUCUUGACCAGAGUCAAAACAUUUCUAUCGAAUUUGGUGAAAAUGUGAAGGAAUUUUUUAAUUUAGCCAAGAAUGAGAGUGAAAGACUAUUGGAAAGGCUUCAAAAUAUAUCAUCACCACCGUUGAUUACAGAAAAGAUCAAAUCACAAUUACUGGAUUAUUUUUCAGAAAUGGAAAUUUUUAAAGAAAUGUUGUGUGAAAUUCUAGAUGAUGUCACCGAAUUCACAUUGUAUUCCUUACGAACAGUACAAUCCACAUUGUUGCAGUUUGGCGAAGCUCAAAACACAAUUAUUGAAAGACGACGACACUCACAAGAAGACAAUUUUUGUCAUAAUAGUUUCACAGAAUUUUUGUGGCAAUCAGCUGGCGAGGUGAUUCAAUGUACCAAUACACGAUUGCAUAUAACAUAUGACAUUUUUUCCAUCACAAAACUGACCACAUAUCACGUUCUAAAAAUGCUCGAACACCGCAUUCAAAAAAUUCACAAUUGCUUUUUGUUUGGAAAUUAUUCGUUUCGUUGUCGAUUUGUGAAAAAUGCUGAAGUUGAUUUUGAAAAGCUAUACACUCGACUGGAUGAGCUGCAGAUGUAUAAUGAGAAGCAACGAAGGAAAAUUUAUAGGAAUCGCCAGAGGGGUGGGUUUGUUAAGUGUAUUCCACCAAAUUUUCCCGAUGGACAGAUGACAGAAUCUCUCAAAUCGUGUUCUUCUAUUUCGUCAAAUAAUAUAGUUUUGCUAGAGUGAAAGUUAAGUGCUUGAAAUUAAUUGUUUUUCUUUAGAUUUGUUUUUGGUAUGUAUUUUUUUUUUUUUACAUUGAAUUGAAAGUUGAAAAAAAAAUAAAACUUACUU